UGGAAUUAGAAUUAAGGGUAGGCAGAUUUGAAAUUAGAAAUAAUUUAAAUAUAGUUGUAACCUGUUAGUGAUGUUACCGCACUUAAUGUGAAUUAACAAUGCAGUGUUUUGAGUGAUUAUAUUGUAAUAAUAUUCAUCGGAAUGAGGACCGGAAAAUCUUGCUUUUGGACCAUGCUGCAAGCGUUGGCUUUCCUACCAAGUAUGGCUUUAAAAGAUUCACAAACAACAACUAAAAGAGUAAUAGAAGAACCAGAGUUUGCGAGGCCGAUUGGUAACCACACAUUCUUCUUGGGCCGGGAAGCUGUCAUUGGUUGUGCUGUCAGCAAUCUAGGAAAACAUAAAGUGGGUUGGCUCCGUGCAGAGGAUCAGACAGUGCUGACGAUGCACGAUCGUGCGGUUCUCGGGGCGAGGUACUCCGUCAAUAUGGACGCCCCGCAUACUUGGCAGUUGCGUAUACGCCCUCUAAGGGCGGAGGACCGCGGUUGUUAUAUGUGCCAGAUAAACACACAGCCAACUAUGAUCUGGCAGAUUGGAUGUAUAGACGUAUACGUACCUCCGGAUAUAAUAAGCGACGAUACUUCAUCAGACGUAUCAGUACAAGAACUGGAGAACGCUACAUUGACUUGUAAGGCGACAGGUCACCCGCCACCGAAGAUCACCUGGCGAAGAGAAGACCAUGAACCAAUAUUGCUCAAGAAACCACAGACUAGAGAAUUCGAAAAGGUGGAGAGUUACGUGGGCAGUUCGUUGCCUUUGUUACGAGUUGAUAGACGACAAAUGGGUACCUUUCUUUGCAUCGCCUCUAACGACGUCCCACCAGCUGUCAGCAAGAGGAUAACAUUACUUGUUAACUUUGCACCGACAGUGAAGGUACCCAAUCAAUUGUUAGGCGCGCCAUUAGGCACAGAUGUCAAACUCAAGUGUUACGUGGAAGCCUAUCCUAAUACUAUUAACUACUGGAUUAAGAACAGAGGAGAGAUGCUUUUAGAUGGUCCAAAGUAUACGAUAAGAGAAGAGAAAACAUCGUACAAAGUAUCGAUGUGGCUCACAAUAAAGCAGUUCUCAAAAAGUGACAUCGGCACAUACAACUGUAUUAGUACUAACUCAUUAGGGAAAAGCGAAGGAACACUUCGGUUAUACGAAAUAAAACUGAAUUCUCCGUCUGAAGACUUUAAUAAUCAGAUUAGUGUUGCUGGAGGUCUUACUGAAGUGGCCAAAGCAAUGUCCGAAGAUCAAUCAAGCAAACCAUUAUUAACAAUAUGCUGUUUAGUGCUGUCAUAUAUAUUUAUGUAGAUGUUCAAACAUUGAAAUCCAAUUGUAAAUAGAUGCAUUUAUGCUUUACCGUAAUACGAGUUUUGUAAAUAAUUGUUAACAAAUGAAACAAUACAACGAUCAUUGUUAUGUUAAAAACGUAAACUGUAAUCCGACUCUUGCUUAGA